AUGAAUGAUAAAGAUAAAGAUAAAGAUAAAGAUAAAAGUAUAGAAGAAAAAUUGAAUGAAGGUGAAAUUAUUGAUAAAUCAAAACUAGUUGAAUUAAAACGAAAAAUACAAGAGCGUGUAUCAAGAAGAGUCAAAGUAUAUUUAUUGAAUGGUGAAGAUUGGAUAGAUAACGGAACAGGAUUUUGUACUGGUAACAUAGAGGAAGGAAGUAAUAGACCAUACUUUUUAGUUAGAAAAGAAAAUAACGAAAAGGACAUAAUCUUGAAAUCUUACCUUGAAGGUACAAUACAAUAUCAAAGGCAACAAGAAACAUUAAUUGUAUGGACUGAUUCCAAUGGUACUGACUUAGCUUUAUCUUUUCAAGAAACAGAUGGAUGUGCUGAUUUAUGUGAUUUUAUAAUAAAUGUUCAACAGGGGAACAUUAGUCCAAAUAUUUCAUUGUAUUACGUGAUAUCGAAUAUACAAGAUGGAGGAGAAGAUUUAACAGAAUUAAUCACUGGUCCUAUACGAUAUCCACCUUUAACUCCAUCAAAUGAAAAUAUAACAUCAAUUUUUGAGAAUUUGAAUCAAGGUUUGAGUUCUCAAUUCACACGUGUUCGAAUUGCAGAAUAUUUAAUCGAUACAAAAUAUUGUGAUAAAUUAAUAAAUUUAUAUAAGAAAGCAAAUUCAGAGAAAAAUACAACCAUGCUUUGCUCAUUGAGUGAUAUCUACAAAAUAUUAUUUGCUUACGGAGAAUCGUUGUUGAUCGAGGAUUUAGUUGCAACUGAAGAAAGGAUAUUAGCAUUGGUAGGUAUAUUUGAAUAUGAUUCAGAGUGUCCAGAUUCCAAAACCAGUUACAAAGAUCUUUUCAACGAUAAAUCUUUUAAAACUAUAAUACCAGUUGACGAAUUUGCAAUAUUCAAAAAUGAUUAUUAUUUAACCACUUUGCAGGACUUAGUGCUACCGAAAUAUUUAGAUGAUCAAGCUCACAGUGUAUUCAAUAAUAUAGUAUUUUCAAACCAAAUGAAAAUCUUCGAGUAUUUAAAAAAGGAAAGUGUGAUGGAACAAGUAUUUAAAAUUUAUGAUGAUAAUGACGCUGACAUACAAUUGAAAAGAGAAGGAAUAAAGAUGCUACAUCAGUAUUUAGUUACAGCAAAAUCGUUACAAAAGAAUGACUUCUUUGCGGUUUUGGUGAGCUCGGGCUUAUUCAAAAUGAUCAAUUUCGCUUUACAUGAUGAACAUAGUGCAAUAAGAAUUUUGGGUACUGAAUUGAUUGUCAUGAUAAUUGAUCAAGAUAUUUCAUUAAUAUCCAAAUUUGAGGAGGAAACACCAAUAAUCAAAUCAAACUUUUCAUCAGAUUCCAAGCAAACAACAAACACUAGGAAUGAAUGCGACUUAAAAGUAGACAAGGUUCAAGAGUUUAAUGAAACGUGUCGAAAAUCUAUCCCCAAUAACAUGAAAUUAGUGUCUACAUUAAGUAAUUUACUAGUGAGUGACAGCAAUUUAAGUUUAAAAAUGCAAGCCUUUGAAGCCAUAAAAUCAUUGCUAGAUGCUAAUUACAAAACUUCUGACAAUAACAACAACGAUUUAAUGAGUGUGAAAGUUCAUCCAACAAUCAUCGAGUCAAGCACACCUUCAACAAAUGUUUAUGAUAAAAAUGGUAUUAAAAAGUACUUUCAACUAUUUUAUGCGGAAGUAGCACCAAUUUUAUUUAAACCAAUGAGCAAAAUCGCCGAUGCAUUAGAUUCUCCAUUAGAUAUAUCAAGAAAAGAUCAAAAGCUAAUGCAGAUUUUGUGUGAAUUAGUCUCAUAUUGCUCAAAGGAGUAUGAUAUUACAUUUUCAAGACCCUUCAUAAUACAAAAUAGCAUUCUAAAAGGAUUUGUGAAGCUACUACUGUCAAAUAGUACGAAAGUUUUGAAAUUACAUAUCAUAAGGUGUAUAAGAGAUAUUGUUUUGUUAAAUGAUGACUUAUACACAAAACACAUAAUUGAGGACCAUAUACUUGAAUACUUGAUGGAGUAUUUCAAGGAAAUUUCAAAUGAAAAUGCACUAAUCAAUUCAACUUUUCUUGAUUUUUUCGAAUCUAUAAUACGAUUGAGUGAUGCUUCGAAUUAUGAAAGUAGAACAAAUUACAAACGAAUAGCUGCUUACUUAGCGAACAAAUAUUAUGCCUGCCUCAUGAGCAUUGAUUAUACAGAUACUGGUCAAAAAUUGGUAACUUUAGUUGGUGAUAAUUUUAAUGAGAAUACCGAAAUUAUAGAGCGUAUUAAUGUCAAUGAUAAUGAUGAUGACGAUGAUGAUGAUGAUGACGACGAUGAUGAUAACGAAAUUUAUGAGAAUAAUGAGAAUAAUGAUAUAAAAUUAACGGUGAAGAACGUGGAUGUUGAGGAAUCAGAAUUAAUCAAAAUUGAUGAAAUCAUAGUAUCAGAUGAUGAAAAAGAUAUUUUGGAAAGAAAUGCUUCUAAUCCUAUUAGUGAUGAAGAUGAAGCAAUCGUCAAGAAGAUGGAUCAAGAUAAAGAGGAAACUCUGAAAGAUGAAGAAGAGCAGAACGACUCUUUCAGCAUAGGACAGAAAAGACCAAGAGAAAUAUCAAGAGACGAGGAUGAAAAUGUAUCAGAAGACUCGUCAUCUGAACUUUAUAGCAUCAAAAAGUCUUACAUUGGAUCAUCACCAGUCUUGAAUUCAGAUAAACUUGAAUCAAGUAUGAAUAAAGUUUUAGUGAAUGCUGUUAGUGAUAGGAAUGUGAACGAUCGCUAA